GAGGGAGGGAGAGAGAGAGCGAGCGAGGGAUCGGCCGGCAAUGGUGGAGCAGGCAGAUCGCGCCCCGCUCCUGGACAAUGAGGAAGGCCUCGCUGUCACGCUGCCCCGGGCCGCUGCCCCCGCUCCAGCUCUCACGGCUCAGCCUCCGGCUGGGGGCGGCGGGGAUGCUGGGGGGUUGACCCCGGGUCCGAGCUGCGGGAGGAUCGGGCCGUGCGGGGCCGAGGCCGCAGCCCAGGCCCUGCCGGGCGGACAAGAGGAGGAGCAGGUAGUGGCGGUGUUCGUGGUGACAUUCGACACGAGAGCAGCAGUUGGAUCACUGCACUUCUGGAACGUCACAUUGAUGGACUGCAGCUGUGAGAGCUGUAACAUUGUUGAAUGGUGUUUGCCUCAAGAAGUGGAUUUGGGAGGAGUGGAGUUUAAAUCCAUGGCCAGUGGGUCUCACAGAAUAAAUUCAGAUUUUGUUUACUUUCGUAAAGGUAACUACUUUGGCAUGGCGUGUUUUGCCAACAUGCCAGUGGAGAGUGAGCUGGAGCGAGGAGCUCGAAUGAAAUCUGUUGGCAUUCUGUCACCAUCGUAUACCCUUCUGUAUAGAUACAUGCAUUUUCUGGAGAAUCAGGUCAGACACCAGCUGGAAAUCCCUGGCCAUUACGCUCAGUUAGAAGCCUUUUACGAAGAUAAGAAAGGGGUUUUACCUGUUGGAAUGCACAGCAAAGGAGCACCUACAUCCCAUCAACCCCUUCAUUGGCUUCCAUCCAUUAACAAGUGCAUGUUUGCAGAGAUGAAGAUCACCCAUCCUGCAGGAUGCAUGUCACAGUUCAUUAAGUUUUUCGGAGAACAGAUAAUGGUACUUUGGAAAUUUGCACUGUUAAGGAAGCGAAUUUUGAUUUUCUCACCUCCACCAGUUGGAGUCGUCUGUUAUAGAGUUUACUGCUGCUGCUGCCUUGCUAAUGUUUCACUGCCUGGGAUUGGAGGAGUCCCUGAAUCCAAGCCUUAUUUUUACAUCAGUGUAGCAGAUAUAGAAACCCUGGAGACAGAGGUAGCCUACGUGGCCUGCACAACAGAAAAGAUAUUUGAAGAAAAGAAAGACCUGUAUGAUGUUUAUAUAGAUAACCAGAACGUGAAAACGCAUCGCGAGCACUUGCAGCAACUACUGAAGAUAAACAGUGCCGACAAGGACAAGUAUCGUAAGCUCAAUGAGCAGAGGCAAAUGCUGCUGUACUCUCAGGAGGUGGGUGGAGACUGCAGCUCCAAUGAAGAGGACCUGUUCAUUAUGUUUUUCAUGGAACAGAACAACCGCAUCUUCCAGAUGUUAUUGGAAGUUUCAGCUUGCCAGGAUAAAACGCUGACAGCUGACCAUGUCAGGGGCAUGGGGCUGGAUCCCCAGGGGGAUCGCCUUUUCCUGAUGGACCUGCUUGAGGUUUACGGGAUUGAUGUGAUGCUGGUCAUUGACAAUCCCUGCUGCCCAUAAACCAAGGACACCAAGAAGAGUGAUAGGAACUGGAUAAAGAGAGGGGAGGACGAAGGGAUGGAUUUACAGAAUUUAAAAACUAGAAGACGGCGCAUGCCAUCCUGCUUAGCUGCUGGGUCAUGAGCUCUUUGAGUUGUGUCUGGUUCAUUUCGCAAGUCACUUGUUUUUCAGCCCCUUAGGCAAAGGGGUUGCAGUUGUUUGUAUAAACUAAACAUUUUGGAGAAUUAACCCUAAGGAAGAAAUCAGGACAGUUUCACUGAAGAAAUAAUAAUGUAAUGGAUUUUUAAAAACAAAUUGAUAACAAGAGUCUUCUUGGUUUUAAGUAUUGCUGAUGAAAGAUUAUUGUGAUUUUUGCCAUGCUACAACAUACAACAUAUGUUGUAUCACUGGCAACUGUGAAUUAGUACAUGCACGCUACACCCACCCAUACGCGCACACAUACACACAUUCCAUACUACACAGGUCAGUGCAUCUCUGGUGUUCCAUUCCUUUAGCUGAAAUUGGUGAAUUUAGUUUUUCAGUCAGUGUUGGGCUAGUGAUUGUAUGAGCCCCUGACCUAGUGUUGUAUGUUGUGGUCUGAUAGCAUUAUUAGUUGCCCAUUCACUUUGCUAACUUGCAAUGAGUUUGCUCAAAAUCGCUGCAAUAAGAUGUGACCAAUAAGACAUUCUUCCUGUUUCACUGAGCCUUGACAUUCAAGUGAACACUCUGCCAUCAAAAGCACUCGAGGCCCUGUUCUUUUAAUGUGCUGGUAAUACUGGGGCAGAGUGUCUUCUUUGCCCUGCACCUUUAAUGGUGUCUUCUCUGGACUGUACAAUUGAAUUGUUUUGCUCUUGUUUUAAAUUCUCCAAAAUCUUUCUUCAGUGCAGAUUUGCAGUUUCAAGUUUUCAUUGUUUCAGAAUGAAAAUAAGAGUUGUUUCUCGUCAGUAUUUGCACUUGUUGGAAACAAUUUAUGUGACUGAAUGAGGAAACGUGUUGUAUUACUUACUGCAGGCAUGGGCUUGCUCAUAAUUGAAAUAUAUUUCUAACUUCACAUAUAAAUGGUCCUGUGCAUUCUCACCUCAUAUAGGUUGAACUACAUAUCUAGUUUUCUUGCUUCCUGUUCAUGUCAAUACUGUGAUGUGUUUUAGAGCGAGGACCUUACAUAUAGGAAAAGUGGAGAAGAAUCCUUUAAAAAGAUUUUGGUUAGCACCAACUCUUGAAGGAUAGCAGCUCAAGUGAUUUUCCUCUGAUGGUAAGAGUAUUCAGUUGUAUCAGGAAAAUUGAAUUUAUUCAAAGAAUGCAGAUAACCACACCAAGUAUGAGAAGAGUUGGUGUGUCAAUUGCAAAACACAACAAAAAAAUGAAUAUUGACCAUCCAAUGGAUACAAUAUAUAAUCCAACAGGAAGAAUAGUCCAAAUAAUCAUUGUCUAACACACAUAAUGUGAUUUUCAUUACUUGAAUGUUUGUAUCCACUGUAUAUUGAUAUGUUUUCUGCCAAUACUGUACCAUGGAUGUAGAAAGUACCUUAAGCCUUUUUUUACAUUUUAAAAAAUGUAUAAAUGAGUCUGCCUUACUGCUGGGACGUUGGUAUGGUGCAAUGUGUGAUCAGCAAGGAAAUAGGUGUUGCGACCUUGUUCUCCACAGUGUUGCCACUUUAGUGUUAACGGUUACUUUGACAGGGAUUCAAUGGUGUACAUAUGUUGGAUAAAAAGUCUUGUGAAAGUUGAGGCUCUUGAAUGUUAAUCUUCUAGUCACUGGAAUAAGUAAAGCAUUUAAAAGAAGCUAAGGAGUUAGAUGUGUAGAAGUUACCUGCACCUUACAAACUGCAAACAAAUGGGUGGAUCUUGAUUAAAUAGUUUUAGGAACUUCAUUUAUACAAGUGUAUGACUUGAGAAUUUGAGGGCAACGAUCUUUCAAAAGGGGUAGCACUGGGACCUGGGAAUUAUACAGCAAUAGUGCACUGCUGUCUUGUGAAUAUUUUUACCACAUGUUAUUACUGUUCAUCAGAGAGGAUGAAGUGGAGUUGACAUGGAUUUACAAGCCAUUCAGCAGAUACAAUUUUUUCAAAUUUCAAAAGAUGUUGUGAAACUGAUUACAAUUCAGCUGGCUGGAUUGGAAACGUGGUGAACAACAGGAAAUGGAUGAUGGUGGUAAAGGGAAAUAGUUGAUGUUAGCGAUUAGUGAUAUUUUGCAGUCUACUGGAAGAGGUUAUUUGUUUUGACUGUUCACAGAUGAAAUAGAAGAGAGAAUUCUUGUAAAAAUUCUGUUGAUGUCAAGCUUUAUGUCCAGCUGAGUGGUGUAAAGGAUAUUGAUGGCCUUUAAUGUAGUCUGAAUACAUUAAUUGGAUCGGCUGAGGGGUGGCAGAUGGACUUUAAUAUAAUUUAAUAUAAAGUAACACAUAUUGAAGUGGAAAACCUAUGAACACAAUGAAUAGAUGUGCAUUUGCAAAAGUGGAUGAGGAGUGCAAUUUGCAAUUAUCGACUGGAAGAAUAGAAUAAAGCUACUCACAUAUCUUUGAUUAUCAGUUGAAAAAUGAUCUUGUCACCUUGUCUAUCUUAUUGGAAUGGCACAUUAAAUAUUGUGUACAAUUUGGGGCACCUGUGGCUGUUUGUGGGAACUUGCUGGCUUAAAUGGC